AUGUCUGAACUAUACAGAGAGAAAUCACAGGCCGAAGAAGAAAUUCAUUCUUUAUCAAAUUCAAAUAAAAGUGAAGUUGAUGAUGCUUUUGAUAUUGCAUUGCAAGCUCGAGAACUAGAAAUCACAGAUGAAAUAGAGAAAAGAAUUUCAAGCAAGAUAAAUUGGUAUAUUCAACCAAUAAUAUUCACAAUUUAUGCAUUACAAUAUAUGGACAAAGUUACGAAUGGAUUUGCUGGUGUUAUGGGAAUUCAAAAGGAUUUAGGGUUAGUUGGUGAUCAAUUUGCUUGGUUAGGUACAGGGUUUUAUUUAGCUUAUUUGAUCGCAGAAUUUCCAAUAGCUCAAGCAUUACAAAGGUUACCUUUUGUCAAAACUUUAUCCUUCUGCAUUAUAGUCUGGGGAAUAACUUUAUGUGCUCAUGCUGGUGCUCAUAAUAGUGCACAGAUAAUCACAGCGCGUGUGUUUUUAGGUAUUUUUGAAAGUAGUAUUACUCCUGGAUUUGUUAUAUUGAGUUCUCAAUGGUAUAAAAAAUCACAACAAUUUGCUUUUACUGCUUUAUGGUUUUCCUGUAACGGGGCAGGGGGAAUAUUAGGUGGACUGAUAGCAUAUGGUCUAUUGCAUCAUGCCGAUUCGUUGGUAAUUGAGUCUUGGAGAGUCUUAUUUCUUGUCACAGGCUUAUUAACAGUACUAUUUGGUAUUGUUUUUUAUUUUUAUGUUCCUGAAAACCCAUCUAAAGCUUGGUUUUUAACCGAAGAAGAGAAACUUUAUCAUGUACAGCGUAUUAGAGAAAAUCAACAAGGUUUUGGGAAUAAAAAAUUCAAAUGGUAUCAAGUUAAAGAAGCUUUUACAGAUAUUAGAACCUGGAUUUACAUAUUUUGGGGACUUGUCGCACAAAUUCCAAAUGGUGGUCUUGGAUCAUUUAGUUCAAUAUUAUUAAAUCAAACUUUAGGCUAUUCCAAAGAACAAGCUUUACUGAUGGGAUUGCCAUCUGGUGCCAUUCAAAUUGCCAGUGGUAUUAUAACUGGUUAUAUUGCUAACAAAACUCAAAAGAGAAUAUUAGUUGGUACUGGAUGCUGUGCUAUAACAUUUAUUGGUAUGUGUUUAUUGGCGUUUACAUCACAUCCAAAAUCUCAAUUAGGUGGUUAUUACAUUAUUCCUUUUUUUGCAAUAGGUAUUGUCACAAUUUUGUCUUCGAUAGCAUCAGAUGCUGCGGGUCAUACUAAAAAGGUAACAGUAUCUGCUGCAUUUUUAGUAGCUUACUGCAUUGGUAAUGUCAUUGGCCCACAAACAUUUAAGGCUUCAGAUGCACCUGGAUAUACGCCAGCUAGAGUAACAAUGGCAGUCUGUUUAGCCAUAGCUACAGUUACUAUGUUUUCUUUGUUAUUAGUCAACAUUCAUGAAAACAGAAAGAGAGACAGAAAAUUUGCUGAAGAUCCAAAUUACUAUAUUGCACCUGAAAAUGCAGAAUUCUUAGAUCUUACAGAUUUUGAGAACAAAAACUUUAGAUAUAGCUAUUAA